AUGUACGAAUUUAUAUGGUUAUUACAAUUAAAUCUCAAAGAGAAACAUUGUCUUAUUUGUGACUCGUUUAGAUCACUGAAUUAUGGAGGAAUCGGAGUGGUUAUCGGACACGAAAUUACCCACGGAUUUGACGACAAAGGUCGGCAAUUCGACAAAGACGGAAAUUUAAAGCAGUGGUGGAAUAACGCAACCAUUAACAGAUUCCGAGAGAGAACUCAAUGCAUCAUCGAUCAGUAUUCCAGCUACGUUCUAGAAGACACAAAUUUAAAUGUAAAUGGGAAAAUGACUCAAGGCGAAAACAUAGCCGAUAACGGAGGACUGAAACAAGCCUACAGAGCGUACAAAAAAUGGGUGAGCAGAGAAGGAGAAGAAUUAAGCCUACCGGGUUUAAAUCUAACACACGAUCAGUUAUUUUUCCUUAACUACGCACAGAUCUGGUGUGGAUCGAUGAGACCGGAAGAAGCCAAGAAUAAAAUAAGUUCUUCGGUUCACAGCCCUGGUCCAAUCAGGGUUAUAGGUCCACUCUCAAAUUCUUUUGAUUUUGCAAAAGCUUACGACUGCGUUCCGGGCAGUAGAAUGAAUCCGAUAAAGAAAUGUUCCGUUUGUGACGUUUUCAAACAAUAACAAUGCGGACUGUGCAAGACGAGUCCACCUGAAAGAUCCACUACGAUGGCAAUGUACAGUACAACCUAAUUAUCAUAUCAUGCAUAUAUAUAAAGAACGAAAACCUUUACCGUAUCACAUAUAUACAUAUAUAUUACGUAUUUGUAUUUAUUCUAUGUAAAUAUUGAAUGAAAUUAUUGUACAAUGUACUUAUACUUUCAAAUGUAUUUUAUUAAGUAUUGUUAAAUGUUCCAUUUUAUCUUCCACAUUUUGCUUUUGUAUUCUUUGUCAGUAGACCCGUUUCCGUGUGCCUUUAUAUGCUUAUAAAUAAUUUCUUUUGUGUACAGAAUUAUACAAUUUACAAUUAUAAAUAAAUAUAUAUAAAUAAAUACCCCCAACUAUUCCUUGUAAAA